AUGGACAUUGAUGUUAAUCACAUUUCUCUUAAUGAUCUGGUUAUUGAUAGUCACUGGGACAAUCUUAGUCUCAAUUUCAUCUUUGGUAAUAUGCUUGAUAAUGAAAACAUUACUUUUGCCAAAGUUGAUUAUGAAUCUGAGAACCUGUGGGUUUGGCAACCUAAGCCUACUAGUUAUAAUUUGUCCUCAGCUGUGUACCAUGUGCUAAACAAAGAUCAAUCUACUUCUGCUUCUUGGAUGGGUUGGUCUAUGGUUUGGCAUAUCCCUGUUGCCCCUCGUAUAAAACAUUUUAUUUGGUUGUGUCUUCAUAACCGUCUCUCUACCACCGCUUUCCUUCAUCGCCUGAAUCUUGGGCCAGAUAAUUACUGCAUUUUCUGUGGCCUGUGGAGGGAAACGGUUGAUCACCUUUUUAGUUAUUGUUCCAGUACCCAACGGGUUUGGCAAUAUAUUAAUCACAGAGAGCAUCUGAAUAUUAACCUGUCGAAUGGCUUCUCUUCUGGAGAGUGGGUUUUUGAUUUUCAGUAUUCCAGAUAUUCCCUUGCAAUCAUUGCUGCAGGAGCCUGGUUCAUUUGGACUAGCAGAUGUAACGCUAUAUUUAACAAUUCUAGUCCUAACUAUUCUGCUAUUGCUAGCAAGGCCAUUGCCCAUGCCAGAGAAUACUCCAACAGCUUCAGUGAUCCAAUCGGCAAAAGGAUUAUUCUGAGCAACUUUUCCAAAGCUGACGGCCAAUUCAUAUUCACUCAUGCAACGUCCAAUGACAGUAUGCAGGUAAGGUCUAUCGGUUUCUUUAUUGUCGAUGCUUAUUAUCGCAUAUCUCUUGCAGGAUGUAUUUCCCAGCCCAUGGACAACAAUUUGUCUGGCAUUCUCCUGGCAUUGGAAGUUGCUCUUCAAUCGGCUUUGGAUUCUCAGAUGCAAGUGCAACACAUCUUUACUGACCAUGCCAAUACCUUGGACCUUAUCGAGAACCCCAAUCAGUAUCUUCUUUGGCGCUUUCAAGCUCAGAUCUUUAACAUUAACUUCCUACUGGACAUGUUUACUCGCCCCAAAAUUCAUCAGAUACCUCGUCAUUGGAUGAAGCCUGCCGCUAUCCUUGCUUAUUUGGGAUUUCGGCACCGAUCUCUCAAUCUUUUUCUCUAUGGAAGGGACUUGCCUUACUGGGUCAUGAAGUAUUUUCAUCUGAAUGACUUUAAUUUCUAA